AUGCCCCUGACGUCUGCUCCCCCCGAGAGCGCGUGCAAGCCCUCGCCGCCGCGGCGCGAGCCGCUGACGCGCGUGAGCGAGAACGAGCCGCCGACGCGCGCGCGGACGCCGUCCACCGCGGGCGACGGCGCGGCUGCGUCCAACGUCAAGGGCCCGCACAAGCGCAAGGCGUCGUCCGCGGAGGGCGUCGUCGACGCGGGGUGCUGGUGGGGCCACGGCCUAGCCGCCGCGCGGGCGGACAGCGACGACGACGACGGAGCCGUUGUCCGGCGCUCGACGUUCAAGACGCCGUUCUCCGCCGCGAGGACCGAGCGCGGGACCAUCGCGGGAGACGCGCGCUCGCGAUGCAACAUCUGCGACGGCGAGUUCGCGCGCGACGACGUCGCGCUGCUUGGCGGAUGCAACCACCACUUCUGCAUCCCUUGCGUGGAGAUUUGGUCGUCGCGGCGCGCGAGGUCGUGCCCGACGUGCAAGGCGCCGUUCGACGGAUGGCACUACGGCGAGGUGGUGCCGUGCGGGGCGGACGAGGACGGGGCCGGAGUAGAAGGAGGAGGAGGAGGAGGAGGAGGAAGGACGCGACGCGAGCGACGGUUCCAUCGGUUGCCCCCGCCCACCGGGGAGAGGAUGCCGGCGAGGUCGGCGAGGGCGCUGGCGUUCGACGUGAGCGCCCCGAGCGGCGCGUUCGCCGGCUUCGGUGCGGUCCAGGAUCCGGAGGAGGACGAGGACGCCGCGCGGGAGAUGCGCGAGGCGGAGUCGCGAGACGAAGGGGCGGAGGAGCCGAAGGAGCCGGAGCCUCGCGCCGACGAUGGACGCGCGGAGGAGAACGACGACGACGAGACGAUCGGGGAGCGCAUCGAUCGGGCCAAGCGCCGGAGGAUGCCGUCAAAUGAGUAG